AUGUCAGAAGAACAAUCAAACGAAUUUGAAGAAUUAAUUAAUCAACUUGAAAGUUCUAUUGAUGUAUUAGAAACUCAUGAAAAAAUGGAUUAUGAAAUUCCAAAAUUAUAUUAUAAGAUGGUGUUUGAGGAUGAAUUAUCAGAAGAGGAAAAAGGAUUGGCAUUAAAAGGAUUGGUAUUAUAUUUGAAUUACAAAAGAGAGUUUUAUGAAACAUUUAUUAAAAGUCAUUUAGAAGAUAUUUAUAUUAAGUUACCAUUCUACUUUGAAAGACCAUUUACUGAUUGGACUUUAAGUUUACUCCAGAAAUCGAUCCAAGAUAAAAAACCAAGUGAAGAUAUUAUCAAUAAAAUAUGUGAUACUAUAUCCAUGGUAUUAGAUGAAGAUCAACAUCCAACAAAAACAUUAAAUAAUGGAUUUUUAUUGAUUCAUAAAAUUCUAGUAAUAUACCCUGAGUGUAUUUCUAAUAUUAUACAAAGUGAGUCAUUCUCAAGUGGAAGAUUAACUCAAGGACUAAUAUUAGAAUUAAUAUUUACUGAGUAUAAAGAGUCAAUGUACUCUAUUUGUCUUGAC